GCUUUACGACACUUCACAGUUCUUUUUCCGCCGGCGUUCUCCAAAAUGUUGCGCUAAAUAUUUCUGGAUUGAAGGACUGUUGAAUUUGCUUGCAUCCAUCAAAAUCCAAGAUACAAUCGAGAUCAUGGCCAAAUUCCAUGCCCCCGUGAUCCAGGACAACCCCAGUGGUUGGGGUCCCUGCGCCGUGCCAGAAAAGUUCAAAGACAUGCCCUACCAGCCCUUCAGCAAGGGUGACCGUUUGGGCAAAGUUGCUGACUGGACUGGAGCUACUUACCAAGACAAGAGAUACACAAAUAAGUACUCCUCUCAGUUUGGCGGCGGCAAUCAGUAUGCCUACUUCCACGAAGAGGAUGAGACUAGCUUCCAGCUGGUGGACACUGCCAAGACUCAGAAGACGGCCUACCAGAGGAACCGCAUGAGGUUUGCCCAGCGGAACCUGCGCAGGGACAAGGACCGCAGGAACAUGACCCAGUUCAACCUGCAGACCCUCCCCAAGAGCGCCAAGCAGAAGGAGAGAGACCGCAUGCGUCUGCAGAAGAAGUUCCAGAAGCAGUUUGGCGUUCGUCAGAAAUGGGACCAGAAGUCUCAGGCCCAGCUGAAACCCAGGGAUUCAUCAGUUGAGGUUCGCAGUGACUGGGAGGUGAAGGAGGAGAUGGACUUCCCCAGGCUGAUGAAGAUGAGAUACAUGGAGGUGGCGGACCCCGUGGACAUUGAGUGCUGUGGAGCUCUGGAGCACUAUGAUAAGGCCUUUGACCGGGUCACCACCCGCAACGAGAGGUCACUCAAGAGCAUCAAGAGGAUCUUCCACACCGUCACCACCACCGACGAUCCUGUCAUCCGCAAGCUGGCGAAGACCCAGGGCAACGUUUUUGCCACCGACGCCAUCUUGGCCACCCUGAUGUGCUGCACGCGCUCAGUCAACUCCUGGGACAUCAUCGUGCAGAGAGUGGGCAACAAGCUCUUCUUCGACAAACGAGACAACUCUGAUUUCGACCUGCUGACCGUGAGCGAGACGGCCAACGAGCCGCCGCAGGACGAGGGCAACUCCUUCAACUCGCCCCGCAACCUGGCCAUGGAGGCCACCUACAUCAACCACAACUUCUCCCAGCAGUGUCUGCGCAUGGGAGGAGAGAGGUACAAGUUUCCCAACCCCAACCCGUUUGUGGAGGAGGACAUGGAUAAAAGCGAGGUGGCUUCCGUGGCUUACCGGUACCGUCGCUGGAAGCUGGGCGAGGACAUCGACCUGAUCGUGCGCUGUGAGCACGACGGGGUGAUGACCGGGGCCAGCGGGGAGGUGUCCUUCAUCAACAUCAAGACGCUCAACGAGUGGGACUCCAGGCACUGUAACGGCGUGGACUGGCGGCAGAAGCUGGACUCUCAGAGAGGAGCAGUUCUGGCCACAGAGCUGAAGAAUAACAGCUACAAACUGGCCCGCUGGACCUGCUGCGCCAUGCUGGCGGGAUCCGAGUACCUCAAACUGGGGUACGUGUCCCGUUACCACGUGAAGGACUCGUCCCGCCACGUGAUCCUGGGCACCCAGCAGUUCAAGCCCAACGAGUUCGCCAGCCAGAUCAACCUGAGCAUGGAGAACGCCUGGGGCAUCCUGCGAUGCGUCAUCGACAUCUGCCGCAAGCUGGACGAGGGCAAGUACCUCAUCCUCAAGGACCCCAACAAGCAAGUGAUCCGUGUGUACAGCCUCCCUGACGGAACCUUCAGCUCUGAUGAGGACGAGGACGAAGAGGAGGAGGAGGAAGAGGAAGAGGAUGAAGACGAGGAGAACUGAGGCAUGGAGACGCCUUGGGUGACCAAACGAGGGAGCCUGGUUCGGCCCGGCCCGGCCUGCCUGGACUGAGCCCAGCACGUAGCUGUAGGCUUCUCUCACACACCAGCGAUGGGUUUAAAUAAAGAACAGCAGUGUUCCGAG